UCACCUUUGCCUCAGUUUUGUUUUACAGGUCUCCGUGAACAUAACGUCGGUAUACGUGGGUGUUCGUCAUGGAUGUUUUCCAAUUUUUCCAAGUAGCAUUGGUACAGAUCGCCUUCGGAGUCACGACAGCAUUGCUAUCAAUUAGCAACCAAAACAAGCAAGAACAUAGCGUCAUAGUUUAUCCCCAAGUUUACGAAGACCGAGAAGAGGCCUUUCAGAAGCUUCUAGUUAUUCAAGAGGACCACGUUCUAACCCUAAAGAAGGCUUCAGUGCUAGCCGCAAGCGUCUUGCUCAGAGACCUCAGAGAAGAUGGCUUCGCCGAGAAUUAUGUUGACGGCGCCUACCACGAGAGGCACCUCUACCAGGACACAUCAUUGCAAGCUUCCCUUCUCGUCAAGCCUCAGAGGGAAGGGCACUACCAUGUGAUUGGGUUACUGAAUUUUACGCAUCGAAUUCAGCCUCUCAUAAACAGCGAGCGAUCAUCAGUUGGGAGAGGAGCGCACAAGAUAUCUAAAAUACCCGCACAAAUGGGAACAUAUGGUGUGGCUACACCAGAAGGAACGAGUCCGCAGAAAUUAUCCAGCAACCUUGAACCAGAGUCAAGAGCACUGCCAUCAUAUUUCACUAUUGAGACAGUUGUUAUUUGUGAUUACAAUCACACCAAGCAUUUUGCUAAUAAUACCAGCGAUCGUGUGGAAUACACCGUAGUACUCAUGAACUCGGUGAGCCUAAGAAUGCAACAGCUUCGCCCACCUGGCUUCAUAUCCAUCAUAGCAAUUCAAGGCUCUUUUAUAAUGAACGAAUCUUAUGUAAGCCUCUACAAUUCUGACAAACUUAUUGGCAAUGAGACACUAAUACGGCUAUCUCAUCAUUCGUGGAACGACAUAACAAUGGUUUUUGCAGACAUGGUUUACCUAAUCACAGGGCUGGACAUUGUUGAUCUGAUUCCUGGAGGCACAAGCUCGAAAGUAAUGGGUAUG